AUGCAUCUCAUCUUCCCUAAGGCGAUUGAAAUUGACCCCCAUGAAUGUCAUGGCCAUAAGCUGAGAGCUCACAUCCUCCGCUUUCUGUCUCCACCCAACAGGGCUGACUGUCCCAUUCGGCGGUUUUUAUUCAGCAUGUUCUACACUAUGGCCCACGUCUUCCCAUUUAUGAACACGCUGAUUUAUUGGUGCUGUCUUGUCCCGACUGGACACGGCGGUUUCAAGGCCCCAAAUCUGCCGCAUCGUCAUUUCACCGAACCGGGUAAUAACGUGACUGCCAGGUACAGCCCAGAUAAGGGGAUGUUCGAAGAAGACCCAAUCAAGGCGUUUAGCCUCAUCAACGUCUGGAGUAUCACGACGUGUAUUGCAAUUGUGGAGAUCAUCUUCCUCAACAGCAUCCGACGACAAACCGCGGCAAUUGGCAAGCUCUGCACGGGACAUUCUGGGCUCUUCUUCCUCGACCCUGAGCUUAUGAAAUCGAGUCCAGAAGCCAUCAUUGCAUCAUGCGUUAUUUUCAUUGCUGCAUCACCCGGAGUUCUUGCGUACAUGUACGGGUUGACGGCAAUGCGCGAGACAAUCGUGGCGUUUGAGAUUGUUAUGGCCUUUCCUAAUGUGAUGUUCAUGCAGGGGGUGUGGAUAUUAGAGGAACGGGUGGUAACAGGCGAUGGAGAGAUCGAAGAUAAUAGCUUCACUGGACAAGAAUGA